AUGGAAUUUUGGUUAGGAAACUUUUAUACGACCGAAACAACAACACCACUUACGAAAUCAUCGUUUACACUAGACGAUUUGCGUGGGCUUGACGAAUUAUCAAUUCGCGUUAUCGUCCACGGAUUUGGAUCAGCAUGUCCUCAUGUUUGGAUCUACGAAAUGAAAACAGCCCUAAUGGCUGUUGAAGACUGCAUUGUAAUAUGUGUUGACUGGGCUAGCGGCUCAACAUUUCCGAAUUACGUUAAAGCAGCUGCAAAUACUCGACUUGUGGGCAAGCAAGUUGCCAUGCUUAUAAAUAACCUUAAGGAGUAUAAUGGCUUGGACCUGGCCAAGACUCAUUUAAUUGGAUUCAGCUUAGGUGCUCAUGUCUCUGGAUUUGCUGGAGCUGAGUUGCCUGGACUGAGUCGUAUAACUGGAUUGGAUCCAGCUGGACCGCUUUUUGAAGCUCAACAUCCAAAAGUGAGGUUGGAUAGCACUGAUGCAACCUUUGUCGAUGUCAUUCAUUCAAAUGGAGAGAAUCUGAUACUAGGUGGACUUGGAUCUUGGCAGCCUAUGGGUGAUGUAGACUUUUAUCCGAAUGGAGGAAGAGUCCAAAACGGGUGCUCAAACUUAUUUGUUGGAGCUGUGACCGAUUUUAUUUGGUCUCAAAAUGUGGAAGAUGAAGAAGGUCGUUCGCUUUGUAAUCAUCGAAGAGCUUACAAGUUUUUUAUUGAUUCUGUAGCACCAAGAUGUCAAUUUCCAGCAUUUCCAUGUAACAGCUAUGACAAUUUUCUAAGUGGAAAUUGCUUCCCUUGUUCGAAAUACGAAACGAAUGCUACAAGUAAUGGGGCAAAAUGUGGCAAUAUGGGUUACUAUGCCGAUCGAUCUACUGGACGUGGACAAUUAUACUUGGUUACUCGUGAAGAAGAGCCAUUUUGUGCCCACCAAUUUCAGAUUCAAAUUUUCAACUCAUUUAACGACCUGCCUUUGAGAACAAUUGGCCGCAUAGAAGCUACUUUGGAGGGUGAGGGGGGUCUUAACGAGACUUUCCGUAUAUCAGAAAAAGAAGAUACCGAAUUUUUCGCAGGAGAUAUUGUUUCGAAAAUAAUAGUUCCUCAUCCGGCUUUAGGCUUUCCAACAAGUCUCAGUCUUCAAUACAAGUCGUACAGUGGUUGGUUAUCCAAAGGAUUACCACAUUGGGAUAUUGACAAAAUCGUUUUGACUGAUAGUUUUGGAAGAAGUCAUUCCUAUUGCAAGCCUCAAGUUAAAUUGACUUCAGGAACUCCAGUUCACUUUAAACUUGUUCCGGGAAAUUGUAAAAUUCCCAACGAAGAAGAUUACGGCACAUAUAUAACCGAAGAUACAACAGAAAAGGUUUCAACUGAAGGACCUCAUGAUGGUGAUGCUGUGGAAGCAAUUAAGAGAAGGAAAGAUGAGGUAAUUCUCAAGGCUCUAACAGAAAUAAAUAGAACCGAAAAACUUAACGAAACAACAGAAGGUCCAUGGCAUUCAAUAUUUGAAGGAAAUUCCUUAGAUAAAGAAGCUACAGAAACAAGUCGAAGUUUGUCAGAAAUUUUCGAGCCAAUAUUGAAGGAUCCACGAUCAGUUGUAAGUAGUGGCAGGAAAAUGCAAUCGGAUGAUGUUCCAGAUGAAAUUGUUGAACCACUUCUUCGGUCAACUACACCACGUCAACGGAUUAAGACAUCAACUGAUGGUUCUAGAUCGCAUAAGGACCUGGUUGUAAAUACCCCGGAAACCUUGACUGUACAACUUUUACCUUUCAAACUAAGUGAAUUGCUUGAACGCGCAGAAAGAUAUGCAAGGGAAACACUUCUUCCACUUAUAUCGAUUCAGGCACCAAAAUUCUUUAAUCUGGGCUUUAAAGAAGAGGAAGGAAGAGACGAACGUAAGCCAAGAUAUAUUCCUCGAAUUGAAGAAGAGAAAUUCCGUCGUGAACUAAACACAACCCACGCAGUAAGAAAACAAAGUAGUCAAGUUUAUAAUCUAGUACCUGCUGAAACAGAAACUCAUCGAAACAUUUUUGACUUUAUGCGUCCAAUGCAGAACAAAGAAUCAACGCAAUCUUCCAAUGAGGUAUCAUAUUAUGCCAAUGACUUGACAGAAUCAAGGGCUUUGAAGCCCCUCGAUGAAGUUCGUGAGCUUGUGCAUAUAGAUCUUCCAACAUAUAGACCUACAGUGAGAAAAACUUCCGAUCGAAGAAGAAGCUUGCAAAGAAACUAGUAUUUUUGAUAUACUAUUAUG